UGGGAAUGGCUUCCUAAGACUGUGCUACCUGACUGCUGUACCUGAAGCUGGUUAAACCCAGGAAAUCGCAGAGUAGUGAGAUCACCUGCUUCUUUUGGACCCAGAGGAAAGAGGCACAGGUGUGUCCUCACCUGCUUUCUUGUGCGGUACCUAAACUCCUGAGGAGCUUGAAGUCACUAUGCGGGCCAAGGAUGAUGAAUAUGAUUACCUCUUCAAAAUUGUCCUCAUCGGAGACUCGGGAGUAGGGAAAAGCAACCUCCUUUCUCGGUUCACCCGGAAUGAGUUCAACCUGGAGAGCAAAAGCACCAUUGGGGUGGAAUUUGCCACACGGAGCAUCCAAGUGGAUAACAAGACAGUGAAGGCCCAGAUCUGGGAUACCGCCGGGCAGGAGCGUUACCGCGCCAUUACUUCUGCUUACUACCGGGGGGCAGUUGGGGCACUUCUUGUUUACGACAUCGCCAAGUACCUGACCUAUGAGAACGCAGAGCGCUGGCUUAAGGAGCUGCAGGACCACGCUGACGCCAACAUCGUCAUCAUGCUGGUGGGCAACAAGAGCGACCUACGGCAUCUGCGGGCAGUUCCCACCGAUGAAGCCAAGAGCUUUGCAGAAAAGAAUGGCUUGUCAUUCAUAGAGACGUCAGCUCUGGAUUCCACCAAUGUGGAGACUGCCUUCCACAACAUCCUAACAGAAAUCUACCGGAUUGUGUCCCAGAGGCAGAUUGCUGGUGGGCAGCCGGAGACGGAGUUUAGCGCCAGCAGCACCAUCGAGCCGAUCAAGGUCCUGCCUACCCACCAGGAGGGCCGGCAAGCCCCUUGCUGCCAGAACAUCUAGCCUGCAAAGACUGCAACCAGGAAAUGAAAAGGGGAACAAGGAAGGCCAAGUAGUCUCCGGGUACUUUCCCAGUACCUCCAAGGGGGGAAAUGAUGCUCCAGGCAAACUCCUCUUUUUCUUCUUCUGGUACCCAACGUCCACUGUGCUACUCACUCUGCUUCAUGUAGGUCAGAAACACAUAACGGAUCAUGUUCUUCUUUAGAUGUGGGGAAACGUUGGUGUCAAUGGGUGCUUUUCGGACCACCCAUUUUCGGACCACCAUUGAGAGACACCCCAUCCCAAUUCCACAGCCUUCUUCCCUGAGAGGUGGCUGAUGGCAUGAGGAAGUUGGUGGGUCGCAGGCAUGGCGCUUUCCGCAUGAGUAGGCCCUUUGAAUUUCUUGCCGAAACUAUUUUCCUGACUCUAGUGUAUAUUACCUGGUUUAAGUAGAGCCCUUUGCUAACAUAGGGGGUCAUGGCAUUCAACACUAUAUGUCUGGAAUGAAAAGGGGUUGAGCUGGUUGGGCAGCUCACUUCUAAACCAAAGGUAGAGUGGACUCACUAUCAUGGCUUCAUGAACUGUGGUUUUCAUUUUUUUUUAAGUUGCUGAAUGUUAAAUAAAAGCAACAUCUCCUUUGCUCCCUCCUAAUUAGAACUCCUCUUUGAGGGAAGCCAUGAUGAAUUAAGCCUGGUCCCGCCCCCAAGUUGGUUCUGUCAUACAGACAUGCCCUCCCCACCCAAAAAAAUUGGGGGGCUCCCCUGAGGUACAAAAGUUGGGCUCUUGACUAAGCCUCCGCCUGCGUAAAGAAGUCCAGAAAUUGAGGCAAGGCCCGAGGCCUGCCUCGCUUAGAAGACGGUGAACUUUAACCGUCCUGUGGCUUGGCAGCAAAAUGGCUUUGUACUAUCAACAAGCAAAUAGGAGUUGCUUCUGAGUGGUGACUGUUCUGGGCGUGCCUGAUGGCUUUAAAGCACAACUCACCACUCAGGUUGCAUUUGUGAGGGCGUCUGUCACCUUCACCACAGCAGCAGAAAAGCCUCCCGGCCUGGUAUGAUCACACCCUAUGUUGGCUCAUCGCAUUGGGUGACCACUUCCCGCGGAUUUUAAUCCACCAAAUUGGUAUAUUUCCCUGCUGUCCCUUGUGCUGCUUUAAAGACCCAGGUUCCCAUUAGCUUCAUGUCUCACGAGCCCUCCCGAAGCAAGUUUGGGAAAUGGGAAGCCCAGAGCAGCAAUAAGUAGCCUUUUGGGGACCAUGAAUGGAGCUGGAGUUUGCAUUCUUGCUCAGCCUUGGAGAAAAUGGCUGACCCUCAGGAUGGAGAAAGAAGAAGAAGUUGGUCAGAGUUGUUUUCUCCCUCCCCUCCCUAUUUUGACUUUGCUACCUUUUCUGGAGUGAUCAACCGGUAAAGAUGAGAGUAUCCUGAUGGUUAGAUUCUCGUGGCUUUCCCUUGGUUUUGCUCCCAACUGCAACCUUUGUGUAAAUAGUAGGCUAUUGGGAGGGGGGUAUUUUAAUGUAUGGAAUUGCCUUCCUUUCAUUUGCUUUGGAACUUCUGUUGUUGUUUUUUUGUGGGGUCUCGACUUCUGUGUGUGCUAAAUGUUUAAAUAAAAGCUCUUUGUUUUA